AUGGGCAUCUCGACGCAGAGACAAGCUCUGCCAUCGAGUGCCGCGUGCUGGAUCGAAGAAGAUACUGGAGAAAGCGUGGAUGUGAAAGACGAAGAUGGGUUUGGGCAGUUCUUGGAAGAUCGCGGCGUCGAGAUGGUCGGCAUCGAUGUUGGGUUAGAGUUGCCGCUGGCACAGAUUGACCCGAUCUUGGGAGUUUAG